AUGGUUUCUGAGACUCAAUCCAAUACCUCAGAAGCAAUUAAAUUUCUUUGCAGUUAUGGAGGCAUUAUUCAUCCCCGUUCUACCGAUGGCAAACUCCGUUACGUGGGCGGCAUUACAAGAGUUCUCUCUGUUGAUCGUUCUAUUUCGUUCACAGAGCUGAUUGUGAAACUCGAUGAAUUCUGCGGGUAUUCGGUAACGCUGAGGUGUCAGUUGCCGAACGGCGAUUUAGAUACGUUAAUUUCGAUAAAGUCGGAUGAGGAUUUAACGAAUAUAAUCGCCGUGUACGACGAAGCGGCGUUGAUGUCUAAAUCCGCACCGUCUAAGAUCCGUGCAAUCCUUUCACCCCCAAAGUCGCUCAACCAAAUCUCUCCUAAUACUUCCACCGUCAAUCUUUCGUCUUCAAAAUCGUCCGGUUCAUGUUCUCCGGUGAGUACAUGA